AAAUGCGCGCGCAAUGGUAGAAGCCGCAGACGACAACCGGCAUCGUUUGCCACGAGUCGAAUUGAAAGUGUAUAGGAAAGAGGAAAGAGAAAGAUAGAAGGAGAGGAAGAGAGAGAGAGAAGGAGGAAGCUUUAGGAUUGACGGGAGGGGGUAAGAUACGGGACGAGGAGAGGAGAGCAACAGCGUAAGCGACUAGCGCGCGCUGUGGUGUGUCGGUCGGUCGGUCGGUCGUCGCCGCCAUGCUAGUGGUUAGUUUAGUGAACCAAACAUCAUGAUGUGGCAAAACGUUCGCACGAGCUAAGACUGAAGUAACGCCGCGUUACCGGCGCGCCGUCGUUAUGUUAUCCAUAAUAACUCACGACGUUCGAUAAGCGUAAACACGUAACGUGAAAAGUACAAAAAAGCUUCGUAAAAGCUCCACGGCGACUGCGGCGACGAAAACGUCGGAGUGCUCGAUUCCUGCGUGCGGAACCGCACAAUACUACGUCAAUCCCGAUGUAAAUUAAAGUCAAAUCAUAUAUUCGAACAAACGUUACGGAAUAAUCAUCGUCACGGUACACGCUAGGAGUGACGAGUGCCAACGAUCAGCCUCCAUCGCGCGGCAAGGAGACGAUCACGAAUCGUAUACACGAUGCUGGAUCCAAGCGUGCUAACGGAUUUAGAGGAACUGACGCUUUGCAGUUAUUGCAAGCAGAAGUAUAACGACGCGGAACAAUGUCCGAAAUAUCUUAGUUGCAAGCACUACUUUUGCUUGCGUUGCAUAGAGAACAAUUUAUUAAAGGGACGUGAGUUGUUUUGUGCGCAUUGUUGGAAGAGGACGGACCUGGGUGAUCAAGGGCCGGACGCUUUACCGACGCACUCUUCUCUCCUUGUUCUAACGAAUAAUUUGUCUCACCUAAAAAUUACCACGAAUAAUACAUCUGGAAAAACGAAUGAUAAGGAGAGAAAGAGCGAAAAUUGUCACACGCAUGGAAUGCCUUUGGCAUUGUGGUGUGCGACAUGUUGCACAGCACUUUGUAGAGCAUGCGCUACUCCACAGGAACACCCAGGCCACCAGAUUAAAUCGCAAACUGAUGCCAAAGAACAACUCAUAUCCGAUGUUCAAUUGGAGUUAGUUGCUAUGGGAAAGUUAUCGACCGAGAUUCAAAGACUGGCUAUGCAACAACGAGAAUUUUUAAUAAAGGUGUUAGAAGCUUGUGUAACGUUAAAAACGCACGUUGAGACAGAUCUCCAGAACGGCUGGAGUCAUUUCCCUGAGAUAACAGACGCGCGGGAAACGCUUGGGAAAGCGAAAGCUAGUCUGCAGAUGAUCGACAGUCCUAGCGAUGUAUACAGUUUGCAUUCACAACUCAUAAUAGAGAAACAAAGAUUGCAAUCGAAGUAUCAAGAAAUGAUGUUGCAGUGCCAACUUGACGCUUUAAUUGGUAAUUCGAGAGUGGUAUUUGAUUUUGCGUUAUUGAAACAAGCGUUAGCUGGAAUUCACACGGGAGAACCGAUCGUUUCUCAAGGAACGAGUAAUGGUGGUAGAUUACCAAAUCAUUUGGUGGCUUCACAAAAUCCGAUACUGUUCCUCGCAAAUUAUUGCAUGUCGCAAUUAUAUUCGAGACAUGUAGUUAGUAAGCAACACAUGCAAAACGGUUCUAUAGAAUAUCAUUCGAGUAUGAUGCAGCCACAACCAGCUCCACCGGGUUCUGUUCACGUACAUCAAGGUCCACCGCCGCCGGCAACCCCGCAGCAACUUCUUAUUCCACCUGGUUCGCCGUCCGUUAAACCCGUUCCGCCCGCACCUCCGAACGCGAUGUUACAUCCACAACAACAAUCGACAUUUAUACCAGAAGGAGUCGGUACUGGUGGCGGAAGUUUGGUAACCGUCCACUCAUCCUCUCAACCGCCGUCCAGCGGAAUAGCAGCAUCCCUUCGAGGACCUUCGAACCCUUAUCCUCUGUAUUAUUUCAAUAUUGAAGUGAACGGAUCUCCGCAUGGUCGUAUUGUAAUAGAAGUGAGGCCAGAUGCAGCGCCAAAAAUGGCAAAAAAUUUUAGUGUACUGGCAACUGGUGAAGUCGGAGUUGGUUAUAAGGGUUGCACAAUUUUUCAGUGUUGGGAGGGUGAAUCCGUGAUCACCGGUGAUUUUGAGUUAAAUAAUGGUCGCGGAGGAAGAAGCAUAUUUGAGGAUGGGUAUUUUAUGCCGGACGACACGAAAUUUCCUGCAGUGAGAGGAGCAGUGGGAAUGCGGAGAACGCAAAAGCGGCACGAUAAUCUUGGUAUGGUGGGUUCACAAUUUCGUAUAAUACUACAAGAGAUGCGCGGAUUCACGGGAAUCUUUGGCCAUGUCGUUGAAGGAUUAGAAUUAGUCGAGAAGAUAUCUACGUUUGGCGAUCAAACGGGCAAGCCUACGAAGAGUAUUCUAAUUACGAAGUGCGGUAAAUUGUAACGACGACAUUAUUGCGGUUAGUAUACACCGAAGGGUAAUCAAGUACUACCCGUAUACUUUACGUUUUCCCGCUAUAGAUAACUAAACAAGAAGUUUUACGAGAUCGCGACGGUAUCUCUGACGCGUUCGAUAUAGGGAAUGGGGUGUUUAAUUAAACAAAAAAUCACGUAUAUAUAAUAUCUGACGAUAAAUGAUAUUACAUGUUAAGAGACACCGUCGCGACCACAUAGCUCCAUGAAUCGCGAUGCUCCGUAUAAGUCACACAAUUUAAUUAACUAUUAACAAUAGAAUUCUAAAGAUGUUGAAUCUAUUUUUAAACGUGGACGCAUAAGAGGAGAAAGAAGAAAUAAAGAUCCAUAUUUUGCUAUUGAUUGGGAAUCAAUAAGAUUCUGUAUCUACAAUAACGACGAUGAUCGAUAAUACGUACCUCAAGAUCGAUCGUGAUAUCGAUACGACUUCUAGUUGUACGACAUUUGUUUUAGAAGAAGUUCGACGUUUAUUUUGGCUAUUGGCAUAUUGCUAUGUAUAGUUGAUAUAGAGGGUAUCGCACGGGAUUUAAGAAGUGCCGUGGUUAACGGCGUCGCCCUGCGGGCGUUGCUAAUGUUUUAGGUCAUAGGUAGUAAAAACAAAAAGAAAAAAAAAAACGUGUAGAUGAGGAAUACGUACAGAAAAUGGGGCAAACUUGUAUGUGUAUACACAUACAUUCAUAUAUUUGUAAAAAAAAAACAAGCAAACAAACAAACAAACGUACAGGCGGGAACUUUUUUUGUUUUAUAAUCGAAAUACGUGACUUCGUAAAAGUCAAAAAAGUCGUGAUUCCACAUACGCAGGUCGUUUAGAACAUUAAAUCGAACGAUACGUCGGUACGUAAAAGGGCUAAUUUUAUUUCGUCCGGUUAACGAUCACGUAUCGUUCCGUUUCUUUUUUCAGAGGAGAGAAAAGGAGCUAAAAGGGAACAAGUAAUUGCGCGAUGAAACGAGUCAAGGAAAAUUGCGGUUCCUAUCGGAUGACUCUAGGAUACUUCUCCCUUUUUGCUCUUUGCUAUGGUCUAAUAGACCAUCGUAAAUUAACUGUAUUUAAGAUUAGAUCUCAACAUGAAAAUGUAUGCAAGGCCUAACUACUACUAUGUAGAUUGUAAGCCUCGUCGUCUGAUCAGAAAAAAAAACGAACGAAAUGAGCGAAUAUAUAUUAUAAACGAAUCAUUCCUCGAUGCUGUAUAUCGAAGUACUACGAUAAUGUAAUGCGUUAUACUACUCGUCUGAAUCCUCGUAAAAAUCCCAUCGUUAUGUAUCAUAUUAUCAUGUACCGUGUGCGAAAAAACGCGUCGUAAAAAAAGUGUUCUGUAAAUCGGCGCGUAUAAACAAAAAGCGCACUCACGUAUUGUAGGAAAUUGCACGCCCUCGACGUCGCGGAUGCCUUUUUCGAAGAGAGCCUCAUUCGAUGUUGAACUUGAAAGUUUUAACACUUGUUAAUUAGCUAAUUCAUCGUGUUUUGCAAUGAAUUAAAGAAAAAAGAAAGCAUUGAAUCACGAUGAAUGUGAGAAUCGCCGUUAGAAUUAAAUAACACUGCGUAAUACGUACGACGAUCGAAGGGUGGUCGAGCUCGAAUGAAUUUCUCUCGUUUCGGUCGUUGUAAAAAAAAAAAAA